AUGUUGGACUUCCUGAACAGCGACUUGUGGAGUCGUGGUCCCGAUUGGUUAUCUCAGUCAUCUCAAAGCUGGCCAAUUUCGAUUCUUCCGGGUGUUCCAGAGGAAGAUUUAGAGGUGAAAACCAUCGUGGCGGUCACUCAAGCGUCACCAACAAUCAAGCCGUGGUUCUCUCGCUGGUCCUCCUAUAGCCGCCUGCUUCAUAUCAUCGGAUAUUGUGUGCGCUUUGUCAGCAACACCCGAUCGAAAGUCCGCACACAACCUUCACACUCAGCGGCUCCCUCUUCACACUUGCUCACCGUCGAGGAGAUCAAUACGGCCAAAGCGUAUCUGACCCGAUUGGCCCAGGAAGAUGGCUAUUUCGCCGAAAUAAAGCAGCUGAAGGAGGGUAAGCCCGUCGCGAAACAGUCGCACAUCCGUAAAAUGACUCCAUUCUUCGAUCCAGAGGGAGUCUUGAGAGUGGGAGGACGUCUUGAAUUUGCUCUUAUGCCCUACCAAGCUAAACAUCCUGCCCUAAUCCCUACCAACCAUCCGUUCACCCACCUUAUCGCUGAACACUUCCACCGCAAACUGCUUCACGGCGGCGGGCGCUUUCUGUUAACUGCCAUUCGCGAGGAGUAUUGGCCACCCAGAGGGCGAAGGCUCGUCCACAGUGUGGUUCGGAACUGCUCCCGAUGUACACGUCUCAACCCAGUACCGGCUCAGCAGCAAAUUGGACAGCUGCCUUUCCAUCGAGUCGUUCCAAGCCGCCCGUUCAGCAUUACGGGAGUUGACAACGCUGGUCCUGUAUAUCUUCGCCCAAUCCACAAACGCGCCUCGCCAUCAAAAGCGUAUCUGUGCCAAUUUGUGUGCUUCUCGACCAAAGCAGUGCACCUAGAGUUGGUCAGCGACCUAUCUACUCAAGGUUUCCUGGCUGCUCUUCGACGCUUCAUCGACCGACGUGGAAGGCCUUCCCGCAUCUAUUCGGACAACGGGAAGAACUUCGAAGGAGCAAGAAACGAACUAGCUGAGAUGUUCGCCAAAUUCCACGACCGAGCCCAGCAGGACGAAAUCAUUGCCACCUGCAACGGCGAAGGUAUCACCUGGCACAUGGUUCCUCCGAAAGCUCCACAUUUCGGUGGCCUGUGGGAGGCAGCCGUCAAAGUGGCGAAAAAGCACCUCUACCGAACCCUGGGAACAACUCGCUUAUCGUUCGAGGAAAUGUCCACCGUUCUCACGCAAAUUGAAGCAGCCAUGAACAGCCGACCAUUGCUUCCGAUGAUCGAAGACCCCAACGACGUGGCCGCUUUGACUCCAGCUCAUUUCCUCAUUGGAUCAUCGCUGCUUGCUCUGCCCGACCCAGAUCUGCGACACCUGCCUACGUACAAAGUUGAUCACUACCAGCAGCUGCAACUGCAUGCGCAGCAAUUUUGGAUGCAUUGGAAGAAGGAGUAUCUGCAAGAGCUGCUGAAGGACACCCGAUGUUGGAUGCGCAACAACGACAUUACUCCGGGAAAGCUUGUCAUCGUAGUCGACGAGAUGCAACCACCGAUUCGAUGGCCCCUUGCUCGGAUCGAAGCCAUCCAUCCUGGAGGUGAUGGAUUAACGAGGGUUGUUGAUCUACGGACUGCUGGUGGCGGUAUCAUCACUCGUCCUAUCGUCAAGAUCUGCAUGCUUCCGAGUUCCAUGGGCACCCAGAACGAAGAAGAAAACUCCAGCUUGAAGUGGUCUAGUUAG